UGUCACCAUCCCUGCCAAAAAUCAGUUAGUAAACGAUCGUAUAGUUUUGAAUGACAGUGUACACAGAGGAGGAGGGCAAAAGGAAGAUUGCCACAUCGACGUUGGUCACUCGAUCCAGUUCGACUCGGCACCGAAAGGGAAUUCUCGAGAAGCCGACCUCGUGCGAUUUGGUCAAAACCUCGGGGCAUCGAAACGAGCAGACAGGAUCUCCAACAGGACGUUUCAUACUGGAAUUUCGUAAUAUCCUCCGCUUAAAUGUCCGCUGACUUUCUCCACGUACCAAUUCGACGGAAAAUAUUCCGCGAGAUAAUCUCGUCGGUAAGAGGCUGCAACGCGCGAAUUGCCUGUCGAAUAAUUAAUCGCGCAGCCUGCUCAAUCGACCGAUUACGCGAUUAGACGAGUUUUCUCGUCGACAUUCUCGAUCGGCCAUCGAUCGCGCUUUAAUUAACUGUUGAAGCCCAGUUGCGCUCGCGAAGGCCGGCCGCUCGUUACGGCGUCACUCGCCACUGCUUUUCCCGCGAUAUCCAACGAUACGAACGAGUAUCGCGACGAAAAGUUGGGAAAUUUAUAUGGUUGUCCGAAAAUGGUUUCUUUCGUUUUAUAAGCAAAUAAUAGACGCACAAUGUUUCUUCUUUUAUAUUAGUUUAUUGAAUUGUGCACGAUCAUAAUAAUAGAAAUAAAAAGAAAUGGAUCACACCUAAUUCAAUAAAAUAAUAUAAAACAGAAAUUGUCGUUCAUCUAUUGUCAUCUUAUGAAACGAAAGAAACUUUUCCAUCGCCGAUGGACCACGAGCAAACGCCUUUCAUAUGCACCGAUUAAUUGUCCUGAAGAAGCUAGCACGUCGGGAAACGAUCUUUUGCGAUUGCAGGUUGAUUAGAUGUUACAGGUCAAUUUUCUAAUCUUUUCUGCAAAGUAUUUUAUUAUUUUGACAAAUUCUACCGAGGCGGAGAAAAUGAUCCUGCAAGUCGCAGAGAAGCUUACGUUAAAUGCAAAGAUGCAGGCGUGUAACUGUUACGAGACAAAAGAAGGUCUUCUCUGUUUGCCCAAACACUUUCCACUCCUAUUUUAACCCUUUGCACUCGGAAUUUUAUUACAAUUUUGUUACCAGCAGCUCGCAACGCUUUUAAGUGUUUUAUUUGAAAUUUACUUGAACUAAAAAAUAAGACAAUUUAAAUAAAUAAAGUGUUAGGUCCCGAGGCUUACUAUAAGCCGUGUUCCUAACCGUCUCCCUUGGUACUACAGUGUCGCAGACAGAUCGUCUUACAUGGCCGGCGAAAUAUACACAAUGUAGCGAUAAGCGCAUAGUUGUGUGAAGCAGCUAGUUCCGAAAAACAUCGAUUCGCCUUCGGUCCGUUAUUUUACCUACACAAAGAAGAUGGCAUACGUGAUCAUAGGCGCGAACGGUUGCGAGACCCGAGCGAGGUGGGGGUCGUCUCCAAGAGAAGACAAAGGAAAAAAUCGAAGGGCAGUCAGUAUUACAUGGGGAUUCAAACCGAAUGCAUCGAGAGGUUCAGAGAAAUAAAAUCAAGAUCGCUUAGUCAAACGAACACGUCGAGAAAUAUCAUAAAGUCGAGUCGAAUUAUAAUAAUAAAUUAGUUGUAUCAUCGUUGAAUCAUUUGCAACGUGUUAAUUAUAAUUUUAAACAUUGUUUAAAAUAGUAGUUUAUAUUAACCUUGUUAAUUCAGUGUUACAAUCAUUUGAACUACCUCUGUUAUCCUAAUCGAAACAGAGGAACGGCUGGUUCACGGCGUCGACUAUCAGAAUCGCAGCGAGAAUUUACGCCUCUCGCUGAUGCGAACAGUCGUAACAUAAAAGGAGAAAGAAUACCAGUUUUAUUCACACUAUUGUUGUAUUUUCUAAUUUUUAAAUGUAUGAUAUAUCUUGAAACAAUUUCCAGGAUGCAAUCCUGCUUUUCUUUCGCACGUUUCACAAAAAAAGGUGGGACUCGACAAAGGAGCUGCUGAGAUGAAACUGAUGUCGAAUGAUACUCGACAUACGAGUGCAGAGGGUCAAACCGUCUUUCAUUAGGCAAGCGAGAAGUUUCAACAGGGAAAAAUGCUGUCUUUCACCAAGAUUCGAUCGUCCAGUGAUUUUUCUAUCUCAUUCGGAAGCGAGCUGAAUCUAAGGAGGUGUGUUGCACAGGCACGUGCCAAUCAACUCUCACUAUGACACGUCUUUCGUCGCAGAAGCAGCGUCUGUUCUAGCGUUGUUGCGCAGCAAUUUCACAGAAUCUUCUCCUUUGCCAAUGUCGCGACGAUUAGAACUUGUCUAAUGACGCGAAAUUCUUCCACGAUGGAAUUCAUCACUCGCCUGAUAAUAGAUAGCUUCAAAACUGUACAAAGCAACGAUAAUUUGAUCGAGACACUCGCGAUGCUUCUUAAUAAAUAACAAGUUUCAAUAAGGCAAUGAUUAUUUGAUAUACAAUAUUUAUCAGGUGAAACGAGUCUCUGGGUAGGUUGCUUAGUUGUAUUUGUAAAGAAACAAAAAUUUGCAUAAACAUGCGUACCCUAAUUAUAAGAAAACUAGAUUAUACCGUGUUGAAUAUUUUACCGCAGACCUGAUUCAUGAAAGGUUAUGUUUAAAAUUAGUAGAUUAGUAUCCCGUGACUCACGCACCUAACUGUAACGUACGAUAACUAUAAAAACAAGCGAACGCUGUAACAAACAGUUCGUACAAAUAAAAUCAUAAUAUUACAUUACAAUAUUACAAAUGUAAGAAACCGCUAUAAUUACACCUAAUUAAUUCGUAUAUAAAUAAAUAAUGCAAAUAAUAAACGCAACAGUGCACAAGUGCUUUUUGCUGCCACUGUACACGCCUUUGAUCGAUCGUGUACAUAUUUGCCUGCAUACCACAGCGAACUGAUGCUACGAUAAACAAAGAUCUAGAUGCAAUUAAUUGCUGUCAGGAUACGUGGCUGUAUCGCGUAUUACGAGAUUAAGUAGGAAAGAAAUACGAAGGAGAAAAACACGCCAGUCGACUCGACAGUAUACGGAGAAAAGGAGAGUUGAUUGUACAUUGUACAAGCAUUCUCCGUGCUCGUAGUGAAUCGUAGGAUGUGCGAGACUGGAGGAGAGAGAAAAAGGCGAUUCAAAGUGGGUAGGAGGUGUGCACACCUCUUACGAGUUUACGAGGCCUACGUCGAACUGAACGAACGGACAGUUACCUUUCCGUUUCGAGACCGCGAACAUCUACCUCUCGUUAUCGCCGCGAAUAAAUCGGUGAUUGCUUCUCGAUUCCUCGAGGAGAAUCAUGUGGAUCCUUGCGUUUUUUUACGGGUUUCUAACCACGGCCCAGGCAAUCUCUACCUCCUGGAGUCCGUCGUUCCCAACGCCAACUGCCAGCGCCCUGCACCAAGGCACCGUCGCUAUCUUCGAAAAUGCACAGUCUCUUUACGACGCAGCAAGCUCGUCGUUGCUGGCACACCACGAAGAAGACAGAUGUACACUGUAUAAAAUCGCUAUGAAACAGCAACUCUACUUCGAGUACGUUCACUACAAGACGCAGCUGCCGGACAUGAAGGAGUUCACGUUGUGCAUGUGGACCAAAUUCUACAAUCACAGCAACGACCAUCCUUUGUUUUCGUACGCAGUGGGAGAUCAACCGCGUGGCAUCCUCUCCUGGGUCGCUAACACCGCCAGGAGUUCCUACUACAUGAUGAACAUCGACGGGCACAACUUGUACAGAUUGAAUUAUCCGCUCCGUCUGAACAAGUGGUAUCACAGCUGCCAAAGCUGGAACGGUCGUACAGGAGAAUGGCAGAUCUGGGUCAACGACGAGCGCGUAGGUCGCGGCUUCAACAACAGGUUGGUCGGCCACGUCAUCAAAGGGGGUGGAAUUGCGAUCACUGGACAGGAGCAACGACAGCUGGGCGGCGGCUUCUUGGAAGGCGAUGGCGCUCCUCCAGGAUCCGGCGGUCUUGUGGGUGAAAUAACAAUGGUGCAGCUGUACGAGGUCGCGCUGACGGCCGGCAAAGCCCACAAGGAUCACAAACACCAUCACGGUCAUCACUACGAGCACGACACCACCAACAACACGCCCAGACCUACGCGUCCUCCCGUAACAGGCCGACCCCUUCCGCAACAUCCCUACCUCACUGCUGGACAAAUCAAUCAUCAGGUAAAAAUCAAUCCAGGGUCGCCGCUGCAAAUCGUUCAAGGAGGCGUCACCCUGAGGCAUCCUGCGGUGAUUCCCCGCGAUCCAGCACCUCAGCCCUUUCCUCCUGCGAAUCCCAAUUCCGUCUCCGCAGCGUUCCCUCUGCAAUCCAGCCAGUUCUUCGGCAACCUACGCUCUAGCGUUAGUUUGCCUCCGGCAAGCGAAACAACCGACGUGGGAGCCAGCUCGUACCACAAUCUCUUCAAGAGAGAGAAGGAUUCGUCGGCUGUUGAAGCCAAGAGCAACGAGUCGGACUCGAGCGCUGAGCAAGCGUCCAGCGUGGCGAAGAGGCAGAUCGACGAAGAGGCAGUUUCAGAGGGAAAACCUUCCGACGGGAAGGUAACGUUCGUGCCAAGAGAAGACGCGGAGUCUGCGAAAGACAGGAAGUUGGAAAAACGCGACUCGACGAAGAAGAAACGAGGCCUGGUGCAACUGGGCGACGGUCUGAUCGUCGACGACGGUUACAUUAGUCAAGGCCUAGACAACAAUUAUUUCGCAGGCCUGACCAACUUCGGUCUGCAACUACCAAAAUACGAAAACAAGGACGACGAAAGGGAACCAGCAGAAGGUGAAGUCAGAACCAUCAUGGACGUCUGCGACGGUUGUAGCGAGGAACCUUUCGCCAAAGCUCUCGUCUUUGGUUGGAGGUCCGUGCCUAAGAAACUGUACUCCGGCGCGGUGCACAUCCCAGCCGCGUCAAUGUGCAAAGCGUUUUAAACACUUUCACGAUGGAGCGUUUCGUCGUUGGCAUUUCGUUCGAUAGUUUCUUAUUCCCUUUGAACAUACGUUUUUCCAAUAUUUUGCCACGUCUCUAUCUUUUCUCCGCGUUCGGCGAACGCGUGUUUCGUGCGUUUCAUUUUGCCAUCAUUUUCCCGCUAUUCGUACGCCGUUGCAAUCGCCAACGUUUCACGCCAUCAAAGUGUCAACAAGGCGUUUUCGACGGAAACAGGAGACGAGACUCGGCGAACUCGGGUCCGCUCGGGUCCAUUCGCGGCAUCGACCACGACUAGACCAGAGAUUUAUGGUUAUCGCGUCUCGGUAGCCGACCGCUAUCGCUGACACAGGAUCUCUUCUACGUGCCGUGAACCCGAGGCCAACGGAUCUCGAACACGUUAGCUCGAUUACGCGAUUACAAGCGUUGCGGAUAGAAACGAUAGCCGCGGGCGGAUAUUGAUUACACAGAGUCACUCCGAUCGCAUACGGAGACGUAUUUAUUAUUAAGGGAAUCCAUAGCGAAGCUAAAACUAUGCUAAGCUAAACGUAAAAAAGUAGCGAGCAGGUGUAAGUGGCGGUGCCGCAGCAGACUAUUCGGCUGACUGAGUUGCUUAGCGGCUUUGUCUAUCCUCCGUCUGACUCAACAGUCGGCUGAAUAGUCGGCUACACCGCCACCCAAAUCUGCUCGCUAUGUUUUUAUCCUAAGUUAUGCUCCGCUGGAUCUCCGAUAGCAGCUCCGUUGUUGGGUUAAUUCUUGACGCGGGCUCGUGUCUAGGUUAGUCAGAGUUGCAAGUUGCGGCUGACGUUUAACGCGUCGUUGAUCGAGGAAAUCGUCGAUCGUAGAAACACUUCUGGUGUGAACCGAAUGUCGUCGAUCGGCCACGUACUCGGAAGUAUUUAAAGAGAGAUACAAUUAAAAUCAACGUGCGAAGUUGUUAGAGUUUAAGAUGAAUAAAACGUUCACUGUAAAACCUGUGUUUGUCAUUGGCCGUUUGCCGCGUUAGAGCUUUUUCUUCUAUCACGUCAUCGAAUACCAUAUACGGAAUUCAAAAGUGAAUUUUCAACUCGAUCGACGUCGUGAUGGAUCGUUGCCUAAUGCGAAUACGUAUAAAAUUUAAGCGUCGGUGUUACGUAUUACGGAAAUCGACAGUGCGAGAAGCUUUUGCGUGUUCCCGAAGAGGAACGACGAAGCGAAGCUAUACAUUUUGCAGACGUUCGAAAGCU